AUGACCCAUACUGCGCUAACAGUCGGCAGAUAUUACGGAGACUCUCUUCCUUACCCUGUAACUGUCGAUACGCCUGCUGAGCACAUGAUUUAUCUCUCGAACAAGCAGGCUCUGGCCGAUAUUCCAUACUUUGCGGAGAACUUCACAGUCGAGGGCUACUCCGACGAAAAUCUUACACCUUCUUCUACACCCUGGAUCAUGACCGGAGGCUCUUACUCCGGCAUGCGAUCGGCCUUUACUCGAGACCAAUAUCCGGACACCAUCUUCGCCGCGUGGUCAUCUUCGGCACCGGUCGAGGCCAAGGUCGAUAUGAGCAUCUAUUUCGAGCAGGUCUACGCUGGAAUGGUUUCCAACGGAUACUCAAACUGUACUAAGGAUAUCAAAGCGGGGCUAGAGUAUAUCGAUGGUGAGCUGUCCAAGAAUGCGUCCAGUGCGGCUGCUAUCAAAAAGCUUGUCUUCGGUGAAGGCGCUGAGGCGAACAACAACGGAGACUUCACCGCAGCCCUCGCUGGUCUUUAUGGCUUUUUCCAGGCCGAGGGUCUCGGCGGUGGGGCUGGAAGCCUGGAGAACUUCUGUCAUCAUCUAGAGACCGAUCCAGUGACUCUCCAAACCGCUGGACCCCGUGGAUACGCGCCCUAUCUAGGCAAGGAGUACGUGGGCAAGCGGCUCGCAUCGUGGCCAGCCUGGAAGGAACUGGCCAACCUGAACUACGACACCAACUGCGGCGGACUCGACGAUUCCCAGCCCUUGUCCUGCAAGUUGAAUCCGAAGUACACCGACGUCACCGAUAUCAGCUGGCUGUGGCAAGUCUGCACCGAAUGGGGAUACUACCAGAGCAACAACUUCGGCUCUCACUCACUUCUUUCCAAGUACCAGACCCUCAAGUACAACCAAGACCUCUGUACCCGACAGUUCCCCGAAGCCGUCAAGAAGGGCAUCAUCCCCGCCUCACCCGAGGUCGAACGGAUGAACAAAGAGACCGGUGGCUGGGCAAUGCGCCCGUCCAACGUCUACUGGAGCGGCGGCCAAUUCGACCCCUGGCGGACCCUCUCCGUCCUCGCCACGGAAAGCUUCGCUCCAACGGGCGUAGCCUUCACCACGGAGAUCCCCAAAUGCAACGUGGCUACUGGCGAGGACUCCGUCUUCGGCUACAUUAUGCAGAACGCCGAGCACUGCUUCGAUAUGCGAUCCGGGUUCGCUCCGGGCAAGAUCUCACGUGGAUACUUCAAACAGGCGCUGAGGGAGUGGCUGCCUUGUUUCCAGAAGAGGUAG